AUCGCAGUUGGUAUCGAGACAGAUCAAAGUUCGUGGAAAGACAUAAGUCCCCGCCGCGAUGCCCGCGACUUUGCAGCCCUUUUCUACAUACCAAACCUUGAAAGCCUCUACUUCAAUGAUUUGCACUACAUUGAAGAUGGCAACGAAGACUACCAACACUUCGAUGUGGUUGACCAGUAUGACUUUCCACGCGGCACUUCGAGCGUCAAGCAUCUCUUCAUAGAUAGCGCUUCAGAGUUCUCUCCCGAAUAUUACCAAGGCAUAGCAGAUGUAUCGAAGAAAUUAGAAUCAGUCGUUUUGAGGGUUGCGAGUGAACAACGGCAAGAUCUUGACGACGUGGAUGUGUUCGUGGGCUCGCUUUCUUUCAGUAAUGGGAAAACGCUACAGAAACUCAUCAUUUACAAUCCGGGCGGUAUGCACGGCUAUCAAUGCAGAAACUAUCGACUCGAUGACCUUGACGACUUUGGAAACCUGAAGCUGUUUACGUUGGCAGUUUCCGAUAUAGAGCUUGAAGAGUUUCACCUCAUGCAUAGUUCUCCCAAUGCAGAGCAACUUGCGGAAUACGUCUCUGACUUUUUACCUGCUAGUACUGAAGCUAUUUAUGUCUGGGGACGAUCGGACGGGCAUGCGGACGACUCAAAAUCUGACGAUAUCCCAUCAGAUAUCCUCGACUCAACACUUGCGUCACUCAUCGAAUCUGGCGUCCUUGAGAACCUCAAGGUUGUUUACCUCGCGGACGUCGAGAAACGACAUGCUCAAGACAAUAGAGAGAUCGCUCUUGAGAGACCCAUCGACGUCGGCCUCAAGGAUGCGGGCCCAAAGCAACUGAUUCUGCAAAAGUCUGUCGCUGCAGGACUCAAGACUGGUGUGCAUGUGUGCACGCUGAUGAAUAGAGAUGAUGGGGGAUAUUGGAAGAACUUUCCUGGCAAGCCGGAUAGGUUUGAACUGAAGACUGGUCCUUGUUAUGGCGAAAGGCCCGCAUCAUGGGGAUUGAAUCUGCAGUCUGGAGAAUGGGGGCCGGAUUGCGAGGGUUGCGGAGAGUGUAAAGACUGCUUGGUCGUGUAUCCUGCUGAGUUGUGGAAGAGUAGUCGUCCAUGAGAAGGCUGUCGAUAACAUGACGACUGCCAUCGAUUUAGGCUUUAGUAGUACAUGUAACACAUGGAUACCAUGUCCAUCAAGAGCCUCAAGAUGGAACUGCCGGUGAAGGCCUGUGCUUCGAUGUUGCAGGUGUGAUGCCAAUGAAGCCCAAGAUGAUAUCAACGAUCAAUGCCUCGCCAUGGCUCGGAUUCAGCACCAUCUUAGCCUCCUUCACGAUCCUCCAGGCCGCGCGUACGACGCGUCUCUCACCACCCUCAAUUGCCUAACAACUCCUCUUGCCUGGUCCCAAUAUGAUAGCAGCACUGAGUAAACUGUAUCAAUCACUCCCCCUCAUACCCCAUCGCCUUCUUCCACCAACCCCCGAGCCCCUUCUCACC